AUGGAAAAUCUUGACCAGGACAUCUUAGAAGCCACCAAGAACAUGCCGACAGAGCCAGAGAAAAACGACGCUGGAAAAGAGUCCCUUGAAAAGCUAGCAGACUUACUAAUCACUCGGUAUCAGCAAACUGGAAACACGGAUGACCUUCGGAAAUCGUUACGCCAUAAGAUGCUGCUAUUUCGCUCCUUGCAUAUUCCCAAUGAAGCAUCUCUCUGGUACGUGGUCAUUAUAGAUGAAUCCAUAGGUUCAGAUGUCCCAUGUCGUUACGAAGAGACGAACGACCCUGAGGACCUCAGAGCAGCCAUCACUAUCUGCUGGCAAGUUUUCUUUGAAGAGCCCAGCAAUGCCGAACAUGAAGCACUACGAGUGAGGCUACCGUUCAUACUGCGUACCAUAACACUACACUUAUAUGAGAAAUCGGGAAACUUGGGCGAUAUAGAAAUGGCAGCGUCAUACUCAAGACAGGUUUUGCCUUUUGUUCCAAAUGAUAUCGAGGACCGAGCCAACCCUCUCGAUGAGUUCGCCAGGACCCUAUUCAAGAAAUACCAAGUGCAAGAGAAUCCAGAUAUUCUCACAGUUGGAAUACCAUUAUCAAAGGACGCCAUUUCCGCCACUCCUGAAGGUCAUCCCGAGUUACCAGCUAGAGUAGCAAACCUCGGGGCCUGGCUUUUACGACGCUAUGAAAGAAACGGAGAUACGAAUGAUCUUCAAGAAGCAAUCGAAAAGACAGAGCUCGCCAGUAGUCUGUUGGACAAGGAGAAUUUUAAUCAACUGAGAUUCCUAACCAACCUUGGGAUCAUGCUAUUUCGACAGUUGGAGCUCACCUGGGAUGAGAAUGAUCCUGAACAGGCUGAGAUUAUGGCAUCUCGCGCCUACAUCGGUAGAAGUUUGCAUGUAAACAGCAUUGCACAUCCAUUACUUGGAAUUGAGGCAGCGAGAGAUGCUAUCCGUAUCUUCAAGUUUCACGGAAGGCUAGAAGAAGCAAAUUCCCUUACUCAAAAGGCAUUUCAGUUACUACCAAUGGCCUGUCAUCCAAAUAUCGCACGCCAGGAUCAGCAGCACGCCAUCCAACAAAUGUCGAGGUUCGCAGCCGAAGCGUGCUCUCUAUCGCUUCUUGUUGGAAAAACGCAGGAAGCGCUUCUGAGUAUUGAAUUCAGCUGUGAAAUCAUCCUAUACCAUUUGAUUAAGUAUCGAAACAAACUACCUCUUCUAGAACAACAGAGUAAGAGGUCGGCAGAACGUUUUGACCAGUUACGAUCUGCAGCCGCCCAACCCGUGGAUACCGUGAACCAAGUCACUAUACAAGAUCGGAUUGUGCCAGAAGCUCAGGACUUUGCCCACGACUAUGAAUUUGAACUCGCGCUGAUUAGAAACCUACCAAACUUUCAAAACUUUCUUACAUUGCCAAACCUACACGACUUAGUCAAGGGAGUCACUGAUGGGUCAAUCGUGAUAGUAAAUAUCACUCCCCUCAGCAGUGAUGCGAUCAUUAUCCUACAGUCUGGAAAAGGAAUCAGGUCCCUCAACUUACCAAAGGCAACAUGCGUUGGGAACCUAUUUCUUGACAAAUAUUCGAAAGCUUUCGGUCAUAUAAGAAAGUCUCAGGUUUUAGAGGAACAGCACAUAGAGAGCGACAAAGAUCUGUAUGACGAACAGUUUCUGAGUUGGCUCUGGACGGCGUGUGUCGACCCGAUCGUCAAGGAGAUCGCAGAGUCACAGUCAUCAUCGUUAGCCCCUCGAGUUUGGUGGAUCGGGACGGGUAUCGCCAGCGGAUUUCCGUUCCACGCAGCAGGAAAGUCAGAGGGUAGCACUCUGGAUAAUGUGAUCUCAUCUUACAUUGUAUCUAUCACGUCCUUGAUCGAACCAAAAGGCAGCAUGACAUGCAGUGACAAAACUUAUUAA